AUGCCGUCGGUUUUGAGCGACGAGGAUAAGGAGACCGUCAAGCGCUUCGUUCCCAAGCAAACCAACAAGAUACAGGCCGUUGCCGUCGCUAGAUUAUAUGUGGCCUAUCCCGACCCGACGAGAUGGACGUACACAGGCAUCCAGGGCGCCAUCGUCUUGUCUAAUGACCUGGUAGGCAAUACCUAUUGGCUGAAGAUGGUUGAUAUCUCUUCCGCAAACCGAGGCGUCAUCUGGGAUCAGGAGAUAUUCGACACGUGGAGCUAUAACCAAGACCGAACCUACUUCCACAGUUUCGAAAUCGAAGAAUGCCUUGCCGGUCUCUCCUUUGUCGACGAGAAAGAAGCAAAACAGUUCAAGAAGAAGAUGGACGACAGGGAAAAGAAUGCAAGCAGAAACACGAGGGCAACACCUUUCGGAGGAGCUGCACAGCACACAGCCCACAAACAUGGCCUGCUCGGAGGGCUUUUCGGCAGUCGACAUGCCUCAGCUCCCACACCUCCUGAGUCGCCUCGAUCCCAUCCGCAUGGUCGAAUGCCAUCCAUUGGGACUACGAAUGGUCACAAGUCCUCCGAGUUUGCUGUCCUUGACGCAUUCGACUCCAAUUGGCGGGAGAACUUUGGGCAGGAUCUGCGAGACAAAGGCUUGAGCGAGGAGUUCAUUAAGGAGAACCAAGAAUUCAUUGUCGACUUCCUCAAAGAGGAACAAGAAAAGCUGAUGGCUGGAGCACGAAGCCAUGUCCCUCCUCCACCGCCCCCGGCUCCAGCUCCUCAAUCAAACGGCAUCGAGCCCAGGAACAGAGCUCCUCCUCCACCGCCCCCUCCGGGAGGGAGUCAUUCGGAUGGGCCACGCUUACCGCCGCCGCCCCCAGCACCGCGGCGCGGCGCUGCGCCGGCCCCUCCGCCAGCCAGGAGAUCUGGCAAGACCGAAGCGCCCGCUGUUCACAGAGAACCAACACCUCCAAGCGAGCCCGCGGCGCCCGAACCCUCAAGAAACCGAUUCGCCGUACCACCCCCAUUGCCUGAUGCUGGUAAACUCGCGCACGCUCUUGGGGGUUCAGUGAACGCCAUUCGUGGGCCUGCAAACCACGGGCCGCCUCCACCCCCGCGACCGCCGAAGACACCAAUGCAGGAAGAGGAGAAACCGGCCGGUAGCAGAUUCGGAGUGCCCCCGGCUUUCCCUGGUUCACGGCCGCCGCCGACUCCGAGUCGGGGUCCGGUCCCGCCGCCACCUCCGCCAAGAGCAGAUGGCCCACCGCCUGCUCUUCCUCCCAAGGCUCCGGCAAACGAAGCGCCUCCAUUGCCGCCUCCCUCUUCUCGACCGGUGCCACCUCCCCCUGCGGCCGGCAACCCUCCACCUUUGCCAGCAUCGCAUGCUCCCCCUCCACCACCGCUGCCUUCCUCCAGCGCUCCUCCUCCGCCUCCUCUGCCGACGUCACCGCCGCCGUUGCCGACAUCCAAUGCCCCGCCUCCUCCGCCCUUACCUGCAUCAAACGCUCCUCCACCACCUCCGCUGCCGUCAAGCAACGCUCCUCCUGCCCCACCUCCACCACCCCCCGGAGCCGGUGUGCCGCCCCCUCCACCACCCCCACCGCCGGCGGGCUUUGGCGGACCUCCGCCGCCUCCUCCUAUGCCGAACAGGGAUUCUGGAUACUCAUCCACCGCACCCGCGCCCGUUCCGGAUGUUGGACGUUCUGCUGUGUUAGGCGACAUCCAGAAGGCCGGCGGUAUCAAGGCACUCAAGAAGGUGGACAGAAGUCAAAUCCGAGACAGAAGUGGUGCAUCCGUUGGUGGCAGCAGCGACACCGGACCGCAUGGCAGUGGCUUGCCUCCGGCUGGCGUUGCACCUGGCGGCGGCGGUGACAUGGCUAACGCUCUUGCUGCCGCGCUGCAGAAGAGAAAGGCGAAGGUUAGCAACAGCGAUGAUGAAAAGAGUGACAAUGACGACUGGUGA